CCGACGAGCCGAAAUCACUGCAACGAGGGGAAAACCACUACAAAUCGGACCAUGUAGAGAAAUGUGAUUAUUGUUCAGGUGAACUACGAGGAGUUGUUAGAGCCAGCAUGAAAGACAAAAGCUACAACGUUGUGGUACAGCUGGGUGAGAAAAGCAUCACCUCGUCAACGUGCGAGUGUCCGCGUGGUCAGUACAAGUGCAGCCACGCAGCAGCCCUCAUCAUCUUCGGCAUCCACAACAUCAGCCGGACGGACGUGGAAUGCCAGUGGCGUAAGGUGAAGGGACCGGCAACCGUCAAAUCUGUCGAUGAGAUGUACCCGCCGCCAAAGGACUAUAACCCUCUCACAAGAACUGUUACCGAUGAUGACCGCAACUGGCUUCGCAGCGAACUAAAGACUUGUGGCCAAUUCACCGGGAUGUACUGGCUUUUAUCCCCAGAGCCUGAUGUCCAGCCACUACCAAUUCCUUCAGUAGAAGAACUGAUUCUUUCGCCAGCCUUUGUCAACCAGAACCUGAAUGUAGAUGCUCUUCUAGACAGACUUAAAAUUUCUGAGGAUCAACAGCGAGCUGUAGAGCAAGCAACAAAGGGCCAGCGACACAACCCUGUGUGGCAUCAACUGAGGAAGGGACGAUUAACUGCGAGCAAUUUUGGCGUCGUGCUGAAAGCAAAACGUGUCACCCCAUCUCUACUCAAACGGCUAAUGGGGACCUAUGAUUUGAGCGGCGUCCAAGCCAUCAACUGGGGCAUAACCCAAGAGGAGGAAGGAAUUAAAGCCUUCAAGGCAGCCAACCAGUGCGAGGUGGUUGAAUCUGGACUCUGGCUGUCCCGGUCGGGAGUACUGGGUGCCUCUCCUGACGGACUUGUUGGAGAGGAUGCCAUCGUGGAGGUGAAGUGUCCGUUCACCCAGCGUAAUGCAACAAUCGCGGAGGCGGUCGAGAGGAAAGACUUCUACAUAAAGAAGAAUGAAGAAGGGGGCUACAAACUUCAGGAGAACCAUCAAUAUUGGCAUCAAGUUCAAGGACAGCUCCACCUGACGCAAAGAGACCUUUGCUACUUUGUUGUGUGGACAACAAAGGCAGCACUCAUCCUGAGCAUCAAGAGAGAUGCAUCCUGGAUCGACAAUCUAGAGUUCUUGGAGAAGUUUCAUCGAGAACAGAUUCUCCCUAGACUGUUGAGUGGCGAUGAGUAAUAAACCUUAGAUAUUAUAAG